UCUCUCUCUCUCUCUCUCUUUACUUUUCUUUCGCUUUUCUACAGGCUUGGUCGUUUGCAUUGUACGCACGUGCGCGUAGAACACACGUGUGUAUACACCGGUGUAUUUUUUUAUAUGUUUAUGUUUCCGGAAAUGGAGAGAAAUUGAAAUAGAAGAUGAAGAUGAUGAUGAUAGUGAUGAUGAUGGUGAUGAUGUUGAUGGUGAUGCUUUUCAUUUGAGAAACGCGGAUGGAAGGAAAGACAUACACCGACCCGCAGCGUGUGUGCGCGCCACGAGCGUGUGUGUGUGUGUGCCCGCGGGCGCGCGACGAUGCCCGGUCCUCGUGUACGCGCCCGCGCGCCCGCGUGGAUUAAACCGGAGUCCGCGCAGAGAGCGGCAGCAGCGGAGCGCGGGGAGGAAAAAUAGAUGCGCGUGAGCGAGAGAUCUCUCUCCUCUGCACGCACACGCGCGCGCACACACACACACACACACACACACAUCCCCCGAUCUUGAUCUCCAUCCGGUCCUCGCGCUCGGCGGCUCCGCGGCUCAGCUCUCAUCCGGUGCACAUGGGGGGAGUUGUGCGCUCGUGCGAAAUCUUUCAAAUUCUCGUGCGUCCUCACAUCCAUCUUCCUUCUCCUCUUCCUCCUCCUCCUCCUCCUCCUCCUCCUCUUUACCACCUUCAUCUUCUUCUCGAGGGGGAUGUAGAGCGGAUGUAUGGGACUCUCUCCCGAGAUCGAGGCAUGAUCUUCUCUGGAUCCUGGUCUCCUGGUCUUCUGUAGGAAUUUUUUUUUUUUUUUUUUUUUGUGCGCGCGCUACAUUUGGUCCGGAGCAUGUGGAGGUUAUAAUGCGUUAUAAUGCGGGGCUGUUCCUACCAUGCAACUUGAUAUAAUGGAGUUUUUCCCCGUAAGCGUGUUUUCUGCUGCACCAAAUGGAGAAGCUUUUCCACUCUCACCACCUUCUUCUUCAUCUUCUUGAGGAGCACAACGGGAUUCUGACUUUUUUGGAUUUCUGAUAUUUUUUUUCCAAAUUAAAGGGGCGGAAUCGCAGUCAUUUAUUAAUUUAUUUAGUAUUUUUGGAGAAAGAGAUUUGUGUUUGGAGUGAAGGAUAUGGGCUGCUGCUUUAUCGGAUGCUCCAACAAAAUGGUUUUAGGAUCGGACCGGAUGCAGGAAAACCGUGCAGCGGGAGAAAAUCCGACAUGUGAGAAGAUCGAGCUGCUCUGACCCAAACCGAGCUCCUGAGCAGAGCUGACAUUACUGCUUCAAGCUGUCCAAACCCUCUUUACAAUGGAAAAGCUGCUGGUUUGCCUGUUGGUCAUCGGGAUGGCAGUGAAGGCCCAGAUCUGUCCGAAGCGCUGCGUGUGCCAGAUCUUAUCACCCAACCUCGCGACACUUUGCGCCAAAAAAGGGCUCCUGUUUGUUCCACCCAACAUCGACCGGCACACGGUGGAGCUCCGGCUCGCGGACAACUUUGUAACGAGCGUCAAACGAAAAGACUUCGCCAACAUGACCAGACUUGUAGACCUCACCCUGUCAAGAAACACUAUAAGUUACAUUACUCCUCAUGCAUUCACAGACUUGGAGAACCUUCGCGCCUUGCACUUGAACCACAACAGGCUGACUCGGAUAGGGAACGACACGUUUAGCGGCAUGUCCAAGCUGCAUCAUUUGAUUCUCAACAACAAUCAGUUGACUCACAUCCACCUGGGAGCGUUUAAUGACCUUCUGGCUCUAGAAGAGCUGGACUUGUCCUAUAACAACCUCGAAACGAUACCCUGGGAGGUUAUUCAGAAGAUGAUCAGUCUUCAUACACUCAGCUUGGACCACAACAUGAUUGAUUACAUUCCAGAAGGCACUUUUUCCCUGUUGCAAAAACUCAACCGCCUGGAUGUGACCUCCAACAAGCUCCAGAAGCUUCCUCCGGAUCCUCUUUUCCAAAGGGCGCAGGUUCUGGCUACAUCUGGAGUGCUUACUUCUUCAUCAUUUGCCCUCAGUUUUGGUGGAAAUCCUUUGCACUGCAAUUGCGAGCUGCUCUGGCUUCGCCGUCUGAGCCGCGAGGACGAUCUGGAGACUUGCGCCACUCCGCCGCACUUAUCUGGACGCUAUUUCUGGUCGAUUCCCGAGGAGGAAUUCCUGUGUGAGCCACCUCUUAUCACAAGACACUCUCAAGAGAUGAGGGUGCUCGAGGGUCAGCGCGUGACCCUUCGAUGCAAAGCGAGAGGAGAUCCAGAGCCCGUGAUCCACUGGAUAUCCCCAGACGGCAAGCUGGUCUCAAACUCCUCACGUACCAUUGUUUACAAUAACGGGACCUUGGAUAUUUUGAUCAGCACAGUAAAAGAUACCGGAUCCUUCACUUGUAUCUCUUCUAACCCGGCCGGUGAAGCCCACCAAACCGUCGAGCUUGUCAUUAUCAAGCUUCCCUACAUCAGCAACAGCACCAAUAACAUCCAGGAGCCCGACCCGGGAUCGUCGGAUAUUUCCACGUCCAGUAGAACAGGAGCGAAUGGGAGCAACCACACAGCAGACUCGAAAGCGAGCUCGGAUAAACGCGUGGUGAUCGCCGAGGCCACUUCCUCCACCGCACUCAUUAAAUUUAACUUUCAAAGGAAUAUUCCUGGAAUUCGCAUGUUUCAGAUCCAGUACAAUGGCAGCUACGACGACUCGCUAGUUUACAGAAUGAUUCCACCGACGAGCAAAAACUUCCUGGUGAACAACCUGGCAGCCGGGACUCAGUACGACCUCUGUGUCCUGGCCAUUUACGAUGAUGUCAUCACAUCACUCACUGCCACGCGUGUCGUCGGCUGCGUACAGUUCACCACCGAGUCCGAGUACCUUCACUGCCACUUCAUGCAGUCGCAGUUCCUCGGAGGAACCAUGAUCCUGAUCAUCGGCGGCAUCAUCGUGGCCUCUGUCCUGGUCUUCAUAAUCAUCCUCAUGAUCCGCUACAAGGUGUGUAUUAGUGGAGAUCGCGCCAAAGGAUCCGCCGCCGGGGUGCAACCCGACGCCACCCCCAGUCCCUCCGCAAAUAAAGAGGGCGCCAUGGCUCCCGAGGGAGGGGAGGACUGCCAGAAAAGCUCCGCCCUCGGCUUCCCAGAUUCCCUCACUCGGUCGUCAGAGACGUCUCUUCCGGAUUGUUCCACCGAGACGUCCGUGGUGAGUCAGAGCUGGGACACGGGGGGAUCUUCAGGGUCCGUUAAGCCAAAACGGAGACCGGCGUCGAAACCCGAGGAGAAGCCCGAACCGCCGCUCGGCGCCGACACCCACAACACCAAUCGCAACAACUCCAAAACACCCCUUCUGCGUUCGGUUCCUCCGUCUGGCCCCGCCCCUGUGCUGCCUUCUUGCUUCAGGGACACGCCCAUUUUGAGGAGGGCACCGCCCCGUCCCUCCGUAUCCAAGUAUCUCACACUGCCGGCGGGAGGGACGCGAUCCGCCCCACGCAGGUACUCCCUACACGAAGACUUAUCCGAACACCAGCGCUAUGCGGGCAAACCCGGGAACGUUCGCUGCAAGCGCAGUGUGUCCAUGAACGGAAUGCUGGCCUUCGCGGGAACCUCGGAGUUAGAUAAAGGGGUGUAUUCCAGCUCGGAGUGGAUCCUCGAGAGCACAGUGUGAACCACUAGCUAACGUCCUACCACUAGCUAACGUCACGCGUGUGUGUGUGUGUGUGUGUGUGUGUGUGUGUGUGUGUGUGUUUUACAGGUUCUUUAAAUUCAUAAGAAUUCUCAAGAUCCAGCUGGUGUGUAACGUUGACGGUUAUUAGCGGUUAGCGCUCAUAGCUUUAAAACUUCACAGCACCGUUUAUAAAAAUCCAACUCGCACCACGUAUAUGUAGAAUUCUCAUGAAUUGUGUGUGGGUGUGUGAGAGUGUAUGUGCGUGCGUGUGUGUGUGUGUGUGUGUGUGUGUGUGUGUGUGUGUGUACACAUUUGCAUGUGAGUUUUACACUUUAUUUUCCCCUUCUUGUUCUCAAAACUGCUUUUUUUAUUUUGCUAAAAUUUUAUUUUAUUUUGUUCCGAAACUUCUCUGAAAGCUCGUGGAUGAACAGGACGCUCGCUUGCCUUGAGGAAGUUUCCUCUUUCUGCUAAUCGCGCUGACAAAAAAAAAACGAGAAAAAAAACCCGACACGUCAGUGCCUUCAUACAAAACAAGAAACGGAAAUAAAAAGAACGGAGCUCCGGCUGACUGAGGACCGAAUUUCACCCGACUGAGGCGAAGCUCACACACAAAGCCUUCUUUACUUUAACGUUGAUGGAAAUUACGUCUCCUGUUUGUGAAAGAGAAACUCAGAGAGAGAGAGAGAGAGAGAGAGAGAGAGAGAGAGAGAGAGAAACUACACGGUAUUAGAAACAAAAAAACAACUGGAUCUGUUAAUAAAGGGAUAUUUUUUAAAGAAAAAAAUAAUCAAUUUGUUUUUCUUUUCAGUGACAUUGAUAUUGCCUUAAUUUGAAGGCAGGAAAAAAGAAAAAGAAAAGAAUAAGUGUACAGAAAGACAACAUCUACUGUGUUGGUAUGUUGUGUAAAAUAAAAAAAAAUAAAAAAAAAUAAAAAAUGACCACAUGUUUGUCAGUGGUGCAGUAAC